UGUAUCGACUUUAACAAGAAGUGUGAUGGAUGUUUGCAGUGUUGUCUGUUACUAGUAUUAUAUAGUAACGUAGUACUUAAUAUCAUGCCUAUCCUAAGGAAAAAAUCUAGCAGAAAAGUAAAUACGGAAAAUGGCAAUGACAAUUUGAUUGGAGAUGUAACCAUUGACGACUUUGCAAAUUCAUCACGGACACACGCGAGAUUUAAAAAGGCAGUGACGAAUUUCUCUUCUGAAGUGAAACAAGAAACAACAACACAAAAAGAAAAGAAACUUUUCUGGAAUGAAAUGGAUGAAAAUCUGUGUGAUUCAACUAACAAUAAGUUAAAGAAAAAUAGUGCAUUAACAAUUCAAAGAAGAAGUAGAAAGGCAAAUUCGUCUGAAAGGAUUAUAAAGGAAGAAGGAGGUGUAGAUUAUCCAUUGGAUAUAUGGUUUAUUAUAUCUGAAUAUAUUAGUCCAGAGGCUAUAGGAAAAUUUGCUCGAAUAUGUAGAAGUUCUUAUCAUGUAACAACAACAGGAAAAUUUUGGUUUCACUUAUAUAAGUCUUACUAUAGAUUUGUUCCUGGUUUACCAGAGCGUUUACAACCACAAUGUAUGGUUCGUACACAUGGACUUCGUGCUUGUGUUAUCAGAACAUUGCAUUACACUUACUUUGCUUUGAAAAGAGAAGUUGAUGAUGUAUCCUUUUUGAGACAAGAUGAGCCACAUUCUCUUGUAAAAAGACAAUGCUGUCUUAUGUGGCAUAAAAAAGGAAAAAUGCGAUGGUAUUUCUUUUUCAAAUUAAAAGAAAUACCAAAGUCAACAAAUAGUUCAAUAAAGCAGGAAACAAAGAUAAACAAAGAAAAGACAGAUUUUCUGGAAAUGCUGGAAGAUGUAGCUGUGAAUCCAGAAGAGGGUUGUAAAAUACUUAGGGUAACUUGUUUAAAUUAUAGUAUGUUUCCACCUGUAAUUGGUCUGAUUUUGCAAUCAGUAACAAUGACAUUGAUGCCAGGAUUUAAAAAUCAUCGAUUACAACUCGGCUUUGGAACAUCAAAUAUUCCUAAUACAUCAACAAACCAAGUUAUUUUAAAUGAUGUGAUUAAUUGCCAUAUUUUAGAUUGGUGGCAUCCAUCUUAUCCCCAUCAGGAUGGAAUGACAGUUAUUAAAUUACCACAAAGUGAUUUUUGGGAUCAGAGCUUAUUAUGA